CCAGUCUCUCGAUCGAAAAGUCAGCAGCAUGCAGUGUGACAAGACCUAGAUCUCCAUAGGACCAGCCCUCUCGCCUCGACAAAUGAUGCUGAUCGAGCGCACAAGGCCGAGGCGCAGCCAGGGAAGGCGUUCCGCAGGGCACCCCCUCCACGCUUCCUCAUGCAGACCUCACCAUCACGACGCUGGGCGUCUCGGGUCCCCAGUCCACCCAAGACGUGCACAGCCGCUGAAUCGGGCAACUGAAAUACCCGUCUAGACGACCCCAAAGGAAAAUAAACAGCAGGCCAUCGGAUCGAGCAUGUAUCGCCAUGGCAGACGUGUCCCACCCCAACAUCGAACCCCCGCCGCCGCUCCGCCGUAACUCCUCUGACGAAGAACAGCGCAUCGACAGCGCCGUCGAAGUCAGUCCGACGGAUCCUCCUCCUCCUCCCGCAUCCCCCUCCGCGCUCCGUGUCUCGCGCUUUGUUAUCCCGCCGAGUAUUGCGGGGCACAAUGGGCGCUUGCUGCAGGCGCGCCAGGUGAUACCGAAUUGGGCAGGGGUGGUGAUUGUGCUGGGCGUGUUUGCUUGGGCGGUGUGGUGCUCCGUGUAUGUGUUUCCGCUGUUGGGCGGGAGGAGGCAUGAGAAGGGGGGCUGA